AUGAAUAUAAAUUCUGAUGAUCGUGAAAUUGAUCUGGUUGUUUUGUUUAUCUAUGAAGGUUUGCAUAGGGAGGAGAAACUGGUGCAAGAUGCUAAGUUUGUGUUUGAGGCAAAGACUAUUCUGAAAAUGGAGCUUCUGGUUCUGUCCACACUCAAAUGGAAGAUGUAUCCUGUGACUCCACUUUCAUUUCUGGAUCACAUUAUCAAAAGGCUUGGAUUGAAAACCCACCUUCACUGGGAGUUUCUCAGGCGUUGUGAGCAUCUUCUUCUGUCUGUGCUUUUAGAUUCAAGAUUUGUUGGUGUUCUUCCUUCUGUGUUGGCCACUGCAACAAUGCUGCAUGUUAUAGACCAGAUUGAGAAGAGUGAUGAGGUGGAAUACAAAAAGCAGCUUCUGGGUGUUCUCAAAAUUAACAAGGGGAAAGUAGAUGAAUGCUAUGAUGCCAUGCUUGAGCUUACUAAUGCCAAUGAUUAUGAUGAUAACAAGAAGGUUAAUAAGCGCAAGUAUGAGGAAAUAAUCCCUGGUAGCCCAAGUGGCGUCAUUGAUGCUGCUUUUAACUUUGAUGGUUCUAACGAUUCGUGGACAGUGGGGUCAUCAUUGUUUUCAUGUGCCCAAGGAAAAACAUGCCGCUACCACCACCCCUGCCGCUGAAGGUGGUGGCGUGACGACGGCGUUUGCGUCAAAUUGCUUUGAGGAAGGGGCGCUUUGAUGGAGCGGCGGAAUGAGAGGGAAAGCUCGCAAGGGAUCAGGAGAUGAGGAGAUGUCAAAGUUGCUUCAUUCUCAGAAAAAGAAAAUGAGACAAAAACAAAGAAAGACAGAAAUCUGAUUCUUGCUUUGUCCUGGAAAUGUGUCCGAGAGGUUCUUUUCAUGAAUCAACUUUGGCUUCCAGUGACGUGGAAUUUCAUAGUCCAACAUUAAAAAAUAUCAUGGAAACUGACAAUGAAGUAUUUCAAGAAUCAAAACAGUGGGAGCAAGAAAGUAGAUAUAUCUCACAAAAACAAAUGGAGUCUCUUGCUGGUGUUAUGGAUGAGGAGGUGAUUGACAUCAUAACAAUGGAGGAUGUUAUGGAGGAACUAUUACAGGUUAUCAUUGUGUUUUAUGCUAUAUCUACAAUUUUCUUAAUUAAAAAAGUAAAUGUUGAUAAUCUGAUAAUACUUUAUUCUCACUCUUGACUAUGGGAUAUGGGAUCAGAUAUUCUUCUUUCUUUUGUUCACAAUGCACUUUGUUCCGUUUAGGAAGAAAAAGUAAAAAAGAAAGUGGGUUAAGAUGACUUCUAUUGAAAAUUUGUUCUCAUGGUAGUCAUAAAUGUUCACAUACUGCCUACUGCCACAAAGCUUUUAAAGGAGUUCAUAAAAAGACUGUCACAUGAGACAAAUUGUCUAUAUUUCAGGUGGGUUUUGAUAAACACAAGAAUGGUAUUUUCUAUUUUGAGCCAAGCUUCGGUGUUUUUUAAAUUAUGUGUGGUAUUGACUUUCUGAUCUUUGGUUUUCAAGUUCUUGAUUGCCUUUUUAAAUGAGAUGUAUUUAAUUUAAUCUAUUUGCAACAUAAUAAGAAUGAGAAUAAAUUUCUUUGUGGCUUACACUUGUGAUUCACGACAUAAGAUUCGAGAAGGAAAGGGUGCAAUGUGACUACACUAGCUCAUGGUCCAUUCUUUUCCUUCCAAAUCCCAAUUAAUAAACAAGUUAUUUUUUUCUUUUCCAUUUGGUAAUGGUUUCAAUGGACUGAAUGGAGGUUGUUACUGAUACUGUUAAAUUAACUUGGUGGGAUAAUCCAUAUGUACCACACACUCAUAUAGGACUCUUAAAGUGAAAAUAUCAUCACUUUAUUUCAUAUGGUGUUGGGAUACUACUUCUGAUGUCUCUUUGUCAAUCAUAUGGUGUCACACAUGGAUGUACUUGCGCAUCAAAAACACAUUCAUUGAUAUGCUUUUGAUGGGUCUUCCUUUUUCUCCUUUCCUCCUUAUUGCACCAAGGCUAAUUUGUUGAAUUGGCAAACAUAUUGAAGAUUGUCGCAUUCCUUCUCUGCAUUUUGGACCCAUAAAAAAAUGUUCUUUCUUAUUUUAUUAUUUUCUUGCAGAGCCAAGCUGAUUCAAACCGAGUGAUUUGAACAUUGUGAGCAAAUGUGCUGGCUCCUUUUAUAAUUAUUGUAUUUCUUUUGGUUAUUGUAUUUCUAUUUCAAAUGAUAGAAGGCUUGAUUCUAUGAACUUGGGGUUGCAGCCAAGCUAGGUCUCUCCCUAUAGAGAAUAGAUGUUUUUGAACUAUGAUAACUCCAAUUUAAUUUAUUAAAUGAAAUCAAUUUAAUUCUAUGAA